UGGUUGAAAAACGGUAAAACGCCUGACGCAAUGCGCAUGUCCAUAUCGAGGAAUCAUGGCUACCGCGGUGGAUUUGGAGCUUAAGAAAGCCUUCACUGAACUUCAAGCUAAAGUAAUGGAUACGCAGCAAAAGGUGAAACUUGCUGAUCUACAAAUUGAGCAACUGAACAGGACAAAAAAACAUGCCCACCUUACAAAUUUAGAAAUUAAGAAUUUGUCUGAAAACACCCCGAUGUAUGAAGGUGUGGGGCGAAUGUUUGUACUUCAAACAAAAGAAAACAUUCAUUCCCAGUUGUUAAACAAGCAGAAAAUAGCUGAUGAGAAAAUUUCAGAGUUGGAGCAAAAAAAAUCUUAUUUGGAGCGCAGUGUAAAAGAUGCUGAAGAUAACAUAAGAGAGAUGUUGAUGGCUCGAAGAACACAAUAAAAACUGUCUAUUUUCCAUUGUUUUAACUUAAGUAUGCUAAAUAAAAGUAAUUUACUUGAA